AAACCUUCAUUAAACUAGCCAAGUUUUUCAUUUUGUCCAUCUCUAGAGCACACAAAAAUGGCGAAGCAAUUAACAACAACUGGUAACCGAUUCAAGUUGACAAUCUCCGAUGAGAAUGUCACCUUAAGGAAAAUCCAGGAAACCCAUUCUCCCGAUGGCCGAGUCUUUGAUGUCAAAACUCUUCUUCAAGUCGUUGAGGACAUCUUUAAUCGCGCUGAAGUCACAAGCACGGAUGACACUCUAGUACUGCGGAGCUCUAAACAUAUUGUUGAAACUUCGGAGACUCCGUCAGCAAGCUUCGAUGACAUGCCCGAGCCUUUAGCUUACGCCAUUGAUAAAAUUUCCACCGAGGCAUUGAAAUAUACAACCCCUCUCUCUCUCUCUGUCUCUUUCUCGUGCAAGUGUCAUGAUGGGGUAGAUACACAUGCAACAACAAUGUCAGUGUUGAAAAUGUUAACGAGCUAUUCAUGGGAGGCCAAAAUGGUGCUAGCCUUGGCUGCAUUCGCGGUGAGUUACGGAGAAUUCUGGCUUGUUGCUCAGUUCCAAACCUCGAGCCAACUUGCCAAAUCGGUGGGAGUCCUCAAGCAAGUGCAUUUCAUCUUGGAGAAAUCAAACAUAUCGAAACCCCAAUUUGAUGAAAUCAAAAGUCUUCUAAAAGACUUGCUAGCCAUUACCAAGUGCGUCGUUGAGUUUAUGGACCUUUCAUCUCGGUACACGACCACCACGACAGAUCUACUAGAUAUGUCCACUGUCGUUUCCCAUAUCGCCACUGCUACCUAUUGGACUAUCAGAAGUGCUGUAGCUUGUGCUUUUCAAAUUGCUAGCCUUAUGGGGAUUGACCAUGAGCACAGAGUAGGAGCUAUGGAGGGUUGGGAACUACCACACUUGGCUCGUAAAAUCAGCAACGAACACAACCAGCUCUCUUUUCAUCUGAAUACCUUCAACAAACGCAUCGACGAAAAGAAGCAAAAGGAUAUGUAUGAAUUGCUUGUAGAAUUGUUUAAAACGCCUCAACUUGAAAACAUGACGGUUUUCAAGGUAUUUUUUAGUACUAGGGACGGUUUAAUAAAACUUCUCGAUGGUUCUGAUGCUAGAAAGAUAAGGGUAAACAUUGAGGUGCUGAGAGCAAAGCAUGUACUGCUGCUGAUAUCAAACCUAGAAUUCCCAAAUGAUGAAUUGGUGAUACUGGAACACAUAUACACACAGUCGAAGCAGCAUCAAUAUGAAAUUGUGUGGGUACCGAUAAUUCGCCAAGAUGAUAAUUAUUCAAUUAGUUGGAGUGACAUGGAGCUAAAGCUAUUUCAGCAAUUUAGGGGUAAAAUGCCAUGGUACAGUGUGGAGGAUCCUUCAUUGAUACAGAGGGCAGUGGUGAGGUACACCAGGGAGGUUUGGCACUUUGGAAAGAACCCUAUUCUUGUGGUUGUCGAUACAAAAGGCAAAGUUACAUGCCCAAAUGCACUCCAUAGGAUGUGGAUUUGGGGGUUUAACGCUUUCUCCUUUCCAAAUGGAGACCAUGAUCCCUUUCCAAAUGGAGACCAUGAUCUCUGGAUUAACCAGCCUUGGAACCUCGAGUUUUUGGUUGCAGAUGUCGAUCCAACAAUUAGUUCUUGGAUAACACAAGGAAAAUACAUAUGUCUGUAUGGAGGAGAUGACAUGGAUUGGAUCAAGCAAUUUACAACCACGGCACGAGAUGUAGCACAAAAAGCAGGCAUUUCCUUGGAGAUGGUUUAUGUGGGAAAGAGGAAUUCAAAGGAAAAAUUUCUUCGGACGAUCAUAGCAACCAUCAAUGAUGGAAAACUGAGUCACUUCUUGCCAGAGCCGAGUUCAAUUUGGUACUUUUGGGUGAGAAUAGAGAGCAUGUGGCACUCCCAGAAUCAGCUCGAAAAAUCAGCUGACAUUGACCCUGUAAUGCAUGAAAUCGAGAAAAUGAUGAUUUUCGGUAGCAGUGAAGGUGGAUGGGCUCUGCUCAGUAAAGGAGGCGCAUCGGCAGCAGAAGAGAUGAUCACAGAAAAAGGAUUUUUUAUUCAACAUUGCUUUUCGAAGUAUGAGAUGUGGAAGGACAAUGUUGAGCCUUUGGGUUUUAUGGAAGCACUACGAAUAUUCAUCCAACAAAAUCGCCUCCCCCCCUCACCCUUACGCAACUGCAGCAUACUACUGUUUCCAGGUCCCGGCACUAAUUCUUAUAGGCUUCCAAACAAAGUGGAAUGCACCGAUUGUGGGCAUGAUAUGGAGAAAUUCAUCAUGUAUCGUUGUUGUCAUGACUACCUGUGACAACAUAUAUAUUACUAUUACUAUUACUAUUAUGAUUACUAUGUAUGUGUGUUUGCCUACUAAAUAAAAAAUUACAAAAUAAAUGAAGUGUAAUGUAACUCUCUAGCUCCAUAGCUGGAUUGAAAGCCAAUAAUAAGAAGAAAAAAAAAAGUGUGCCUUGUGUGUAAGAGAGAGGAGAUGUGAUUCCUCUCGUACUUUGAACUUUCUGUACUGUUGUUGAACAUCACAUUGUAAUAAAAUGACAACUCAUGUCAUGUCUUUAUUAUUAUUAUCGUUA